AUGGGCACGAUUGUUUACCGGAAGAUGACCCUGAAAGAGGCGAAAUGGAAGUUUCCCGAGCUAAGAAAGGUGGUGCGGAUGGGGGGGGGGUGUAGCCCGGUGGAGGUGCCUGUGACCUACGGCGAGGUGCCUGGUGCUUCUGAUGCCGAUGUGCGGGAGCGGGAUGAGGGAGCUGAGCGGGCUACCGUGGACAGGCCGACACCGGAGGAGUGGAAUGUUGACGUUCAAUGGGAAGACGUGGAAGAGCUAUGGAGUUAUGAUGUGCACCCGACGCUAGGUUACCACUGUGAGAGGGAUAAGGCGGAAUUGCCAUCGGAUCAAGUGGAUGAUGUGGCAGACGCAGUGAACAAAGAUGCGGAGGAGUGGAGCGACGAUAGUGAUGAGUGGUGGCUAGCAGGCCACUAUGACGGGGAGGAAGUGGAGGUGUGGGUGGCUGGUCAGGAUGAAUAA